AUGUCACUUGCUUCCCGUUUAGGCGACCCUCAUCCCAUUCCAGUACCGAACAUGAUGCAGCAUGCACGCCUUUGCCGCAUCCCGACGUUGUCGGGCUUGGCAUAUGAGAAGGACAGGGGUGGGAGAGGUCCUGGUACAGCUUGUCAGGUGUGUGGGUAUCCUCCCCAAGCCGUUACAAGGCACCGGAAAUCAUGUCGGCAAGGUGAUGCAACGCUACGAGGUCCAUCUCUGCGGAAGUUCAAGGCCGCGGAGGUGGAAGUGGAAGUGGGAGUCAACCCAAGCCACGUUUUUACGCUUACCUGA